AUGAGUAAUCCGGUAAUCGUUGGCUUGAAAAAAGAGCUGCGCACAAAGAUGGCCGCCGAGUUGGCCAAAUUGAGCAAAGACGAUGUGGCGAGGCAAACGGACGCGGUCACGCGAAAAGUGAUUAAUGCGGAUUGGUACAAAUCGAGUCAGCGGAUAUCGGUGUAUGUGAGCACUGACGGCGAGAUUCAGACCGAUGAUAUCAUUCGACAUGCGCUGGAGAACGGCAAGCAAGUGUUUAUCCCGCAGUUCAUCAAACGGAAUAAGAAUAUGGGAAUGGUGCAGUUGAAGACGGUCAAAGAGUUUGACGAGCUGCCGGCGACAUUGUGGGGAAUCAGACAGCCGAAGCCCGAAUGGGAAUGGAAGCCGUAUCAAGAAUCAGGUCCUUUGGAUUUGGUCCUUAUGCCUGUAGUCGCUUUCACCAAGGAUCUCAAGCGUUGUGGACAUGGAAUGGGCUACUAUGAUCGCUUCUUGGGGCAGCAUUUCGACCAAUUCGGCAAAUGGCCUGCAAAAAUCGCGUUGGCCCUCCGCGAGCAAAUCAUCGACGAAGUGCCAACAACCGAAUACGACGUGAUUCUUGAUGCAAUCAUAACCGAAUAA